CCCAGACCCGCCGAGGCCGCCGCCGCAAGAGCAGCUGUCGCAGCCCCUUCCCGCUGCCCUCGCCCUCCUCCCGCCGCCGCCAUCCCGCCCGCCCGCCCCGGCUCUCUCCUCCUCCCCUCCCCCCGUCCCGCUCCCUCCGCCCGCCCCGGAGACCCGCGCACCGCCCGCCCUCCCUCCUCCCGCUCCCCCGUCCCACUCCCUCCCCCCGCCCGAGAGAGUGACUGAACGCGCGCGCGGCCGGGCCCAACCACCGCCGCCAGUUCGAUUUCCCCCCCAGUGACCAAAGAUUUGACCACUGACUAAGCCUGACUUAACUGAACACAGCUCAAGAUGGACACCGGUGUUAUCGAAGGAGGUUUAAAUGUCACACUCACCAUUCGCCUACUUAUGCAUGGAAAGGAGGUUGGAAGCAUUAUCGGGAAGAAAGGAGAAUCCGUGAAGAAGAUGCGUGAAGAGAGUGGUGCUCGCAUUAACAUCUCAGAAGGGAACUGCCCAGAACGGAUUAUCACUCUUGCUGGACCCACCAAUGCCAUCUUCAAAGCAUUUGCUAUGAUCAUUGACAAACUGGAAGAGGAUAUCAGCAGCUCAAUGACCAACAGCACGGCCUCUAGCAGGCCACCCGUUACCCUGAGACUUGUGGUCCCUGCCAGUCAGUGUGGUUCUCUCAUUGGGAAAGGAGGAUGCAAGAUCAAGGAGAUCAGAGAGAGCACAGGGGCACAGGUCCAGGUGGCAGGAGACAUGCUGCCCAACUCUACCGAGAGAGCAAUUACCAUUGCUGGGAUCCCACAGUCCAUCAUUGAAUGCGUCAAACAGAUCUGUGUGGUCAUGCUGGAGUCUCCCCCAAAAGGUGUUACCAUCCCCUACCGGCCUAAGCCAUCCAGUUCUCCUGUCAUCUUUGCAGGCGGUCAGGACAGGUACAGCAGCGGCAGUGCAAGCUACCCCCACACCGCCCCAUCAAUGUGCCUCAACUCUGACCUGGAGGGACCACCUCAAGAGGCCUAUACCAUUCAAGGACAGUAUGCCAUUCCACAGCCAGAUCUGACCAAGCUGCACCAGUUGGCAAUGCAACAGUCACACUUUCCCAUGUCUCAUGGCAACACUGGAUUCAGUGGCGUUGAAUCCAGCUCUCCAGAUGAGAAAAGCUAUUGGGCAGGUUUGGAUGCGUCAGCUCAGACUACUUCUCACGAACUCACCAUUCCAAAUGAUCUGAUUGGCUGUAUCAUUGGGCGUCAGGGCGCCAAGAUCAAUGAGAUCCGCCAGAUGUCUGGGGCGCAGAUCAAAAUUGCCAAUCCAGUGGAAGGCUCGACUGACAGGCAGGUCACCAUAACUGGAUCUGCAGCCAGCAUUAGCCUGGCUCAAUAUCUAAUUAAUGUCAGUUUAGAAAGCGCUAAACCCUCCUCCCAGGCAGCCUCCGUCACGAUCCCCGACCACCUCAGCAUCAACCUCUCUCAACCCUCCACCCCUUCUUCUUCUUCCUCCUCCACCACCACCCCCUCGCUUGCGACAGCGGGGGUCUCCGACGCACCCUCCAGCCUCCCCAACCCUCUUCCGACCGCCCCCUGUGUCUCCAGUCUGCUUGGCAUGAAACCCGUCCCUCUCCUGGCUCUAAAUGUUGUGUCUGCUGCUAAGGGUGCCUCCACCACCUCAGCUGUGCCAUGUGUUACUAACAAACUGAAAACGGAAAAACAGAGAUUCUCUCCCUACUGAGUGUCUGCUUGUGGCCUUAGAGGAACAGCAGAUUGUUGGCAGCCAAUGGGGAUCCCGUAGAGGAGACUCGGAAGAGAUCUUUUUUUAAAAAAACAAACAAACUUCAAAACGAAAGUGAGCUUGUGAUUCCUUUAGGAUGGAGUUUCUUUUCGCCGGUGACCUCCGCUGGGUCAAAGACAAUUGAGCCGAGUGUAUUAACUAGUUUUUGGAGUCCAGUAGUGCUCUUGAUUAUGUAGCUUAUAGUCGUUGCUUUUUAGUAGUUUAGUUUGCAUUGUUACAUGGAACAGGGCGGGUGGGUAGAGGGAGGUGGGCGGGGCAGGGGAAACGCUAGGGUCUGCUGACAAAAUACUCGCAAUUUCUUAGUUGAAGCUGUGUAAAGAGGCUACUUUGGCCAAACCUGUUUCAAUGUCUGUCCUUGUAAUAAAGCUGUCAUUGAUGAGAACGUGCACAGAUGUGCCUGAAUUGGGACCGAAUUAUAACCACAAACUGACUGAAUUGUCACACAGCACCCCCAGGGUAAAGUUGCCCCAUUACCUUUUUUUUUAAAUAAACUGUCCUGGAAGAUGAUUAAGUACACAAGCUUGACUCUCUUGAAAGUAUUCCUAAAACACACAGUUGUGACGAUGUGAACUCUUGUCUUUUCUUAAGGCCUUGCGUUUUGAGAUGUACUAGAAGCCACUCUUUUAGAAUGACCGUCAAAAGCCCUGCUUGUACACACACUGCGGAUUGCCCUUGCAAGUGUUCACCCAUUUAUCUUAAUAUAGUUCAGCUGCUUUACUGGUAGGACCUUGUUGUGUCACCCGUACACGCAACCUUCUCUUUAAUACUGGCAGUUCUUUGGAAAGGCAUUCUCCACACACGGGUCUUCAUGAGCCAUUACAAUGGAGCGCUCAUGGUGCCUCUUUUGCACACCACAGUCAGGAGCUGUAACCAUGCAGGGGCUGCCUUCCAGCAGAGCAAGAAGUUUAGUAUCUCAGAGUUGUAGUUUAAAAGCUUCUGCCUGUCUGGAGGCAAAAUUGGCCUCUGGUUGUUACAGGUACUCUUUGAGGCAUACACCCUUUUUGAGAGAAAGGGGUGAUCUGUUGGGGGCUGGACAGUUGGCUUGUCCCAGUCAUUCUUGGCUUUUCAAGCCAGCCAUCUGCCUUUCUCCUCCAUUUAAGGGCUCCUGUGAAGAGAAAAAGCGAAGCAGAAAACCCGGCAGAUGGAGGAACUGUAUCUGAAUAGCCCCUUCAUUUUUAGCCUGGGGUUGUUAACAUGGGUACUGGAGGUGCUUAACUGCUUGCGCAGUCACUGUCCGAUGCUUACAGACUUUCACAUACUUUUAAAGCAGCUAAGUAACACAUACAGCACUCGGAACUGUUAAGAUUUGUGUGUUUAUCCUUUUGUAUUAAAAAAAAGUUGCUAGCAGACAUAGUGACUUGACUCACUAGUUAUUGGAAUUAUACAAUGCCGUACUGCAUUCAGGAAGAUGGAGGGGCUGACUUGAUCCUGUUGUGUGUGUGCGGGGAGAGGGGAAUCCAUCAAUUGGGUUGACUUGUGCAGUUGUGUCAAACCCUUUUUUCCUUGAGUAGCAGAAGUCUUUCUUUUUUAAUACUUGUUUCUGCAGUUUGACUUUCACAAUUGUAACUUUUUUAAAGAAAACUGUUCUGCUCUGUAGUGUAAUCACAUUAAGUAAAAAUUGUCCACUCUUAA